CUUAUCUGUUGUAUUAGCAGAAUUAAACUGAUAUUUGUAUAAAUCAGAGCGAAUGGCAACAGACUAUGUAUAGAUAACUUUUUCAUAAAUUCUAUGAAACUUAAAACAACUAUAUAACUAGUUGUGAUUAUAAUUAUAAUCAGUAAAUGUUCCGAGUUAAAAAUUAGGGGAUAUAAUAUAUUGUCUGUGGAUUGUGAUUACACAUUUUCAAAUUAUUUUUCAAUAUAUGAAUCCAGAAUGUAAGAUCAAAGUAGAAUUGGUAGGAUGGACAUUGAUAUUAAUAUAAUAUCAACAAGCUUAGAAGCAUUAAUUGCUUGUUGGUGGCAAAAUAAUUGGAAAAUAUCUAUCAAGUUUCAAAAAAGAAGCUGUAUAUAAAAUUUAUACUUGCAAAGUUUCCAAAAUUAAGAUAAUAAUUUUUUAAUGAAAAACAUGUAGAAAAGGCAAUUAUUUGCAAAAAACAACCAAAAGACAAAAGCAAAGUUUAAAAUUUUAGAUUACAAAUUAAAAAUUAUUCUAAAAAGCGAGCUACUAGAAAUAGCAAUGAAAAGUUGGAUAGUGCUGCAUUGCUAGCAUUUAGUGGUUUUGUUCAAAAAGAUUCAAAAUGUGCUCCUAUAGCUGCUAAAUAUAUUCUAUCAAAAAUUCAUUCUUUGCAAGAAUGGGAAGCUUUACAAGCUCUUCAUUUAUUGGAUAUAUGUAUGCAGACUGGCAGUUCAACUUUCCAAGCUGAAGUGGGUAAAUUUAAAUUUUUGAAUGAACUAAUACGUUUAGUGUCUCCUAAAUACAGUGGAAUUCAAACUUCAGAAGUACUAAAAAAUAAAAUAAUUGAUCUCCUUAGAAUGUGGUCAUUCCAGUUUCCAAAUAAUGUUAAAAUCCAGGAUGCUUUUACUAUGUUAAAAAAACAAGGAGUUGUUAAUGAUAUGAAAAAUGUGAAUCGCCCCCCUUGUGAAUUAACCUCAUCCACUGAAUUAAAAAAAGCAUCUAUUCUAAAUGAAGAAAAGUCAUUGUUGUUACAGAAAUUACUCAAGAGUAAAAAACCAGAAGACCUCAAAGCUGCUAAUCAAUUAAUAAAAUCUAUGGUAGAAGAGGAAGAGCAAAAAACUGAAAAAUUAAAUAAAAUGAUCACAGAUAUUGAUGUAGCUUCCAACAGUGUAAAAUUAUUAUCUGAAAUGCUGAAGUCUUAUAACAAAGAAUCUAGUUCACCUCAUGAUUUGGAACUUAUCAAAGAACUUUAUACUGAAGUAAAAAAAUUAGAACCAAGCAUAAAAAUGAUAUUAGCUAUUGAAAUACCAGAUAAUGAAAUUAUUGUCAGAAACAUUAUCCAUUUAAGUUAUGAAAUAAAUGAAAUUUUGAAUAUAUAUAUUGAUACAAUAGAAAAAUCUUUAAAUAAAGAAUCAAAUAGCCAAAGAGAUAUUGAAGACCUACUAGAUUUCAAUUCGUUAUCAGUAGCUCCAGAUUCUCACGAUUUAUUAGGAAGCACAAAUAUUGUUAGUUCUUGUAUAAAUGAUGCUUUAACUAGUAAUACAAAAAUUAAGCAUUUAUUUUCUAAUAAUAAUUCACCUACAGUUUCUGUAGUUAAUGAAUUAGAAAAUCCAAAUUCUUCACUUAACAAUGAAAAAAAUGGCCAAAAUGAAAUAAUAAAGAAUAAUUUGUUUGAAGAACUUAAUAAUCUCGGAAAAGAUUUGUUAACUAAAUUACAAAAACCAAAUAAAGUAGUAAAGACCUUUUCAGCUCAAAGCUUAGAUACCAUUAUUGCUAUGAAAAACUGUGAUUCACAAGAUGUGGUAUCAUUCAAAUUAAAUGAAUCAGAACAAAUAGAAAAUCUUAAAAUUGAUAAUAACAUUUUGAAACCCAUAAGUGAUCUGGAGAUUGAACUGGAAAAUAUUAUUUCUUAUAAUGAACCAGUUUUUGUUAAUGUAUUUAACAAAAAUGAUAUCAUUACUGAUAUCCAUUUGGCAGCUAAUAAACUUCGAGAUGACACUAGUGUAUAUGUUGUUACUACAAAAAGUGAAAAUAAAAAACCCAUUAAUAAUUUCUUAUUUCAGCCAAUAAUCCCAAAUAAUUGCAGAUUACGUUUGUUGUCACCAUCAAGGACAGAUUUACCAAUUUACAAUACAUUUUUACCUCAAGUAUCAAUAGUACAAAUUUUUUUAAUUGCUACUCGUAAGAAGGAUUUCUUACCUUUAAAGUUUGUUGUUAGUUAUACAGUGGAUAAUGAAAUGAUAACAGAAUUUGGAAUAGUAAAACAUCUACAGCUAAACAAUUCUUGUUAAAUUUGUAAAAAAAUUCAGUCAUUUGAAUAAAUUUGCUAAUUAAAAA